AUGUCAAUGUUCAACCCGUUGGGAUUUUUAAGUCCCUUUACUGUUGCAGCCAAAUCUCUUAUGCGUGAAGUAUGGCGUCGUGAUGUCCGUUGGGAUGAGCCCAUUCCAAAUGAUGUGAAUAUAAUAUGGGAAAGGUGGCGCCAGCAGAUGCACAAAGUAGCGGGAUCUCGUGUGCCGCGAUUCUACUUCCCACAUGGUGCGCCUUCAGAUUUGGAGCUGCAUGUGUUCGUUGACGCUAGCGAAGAGACCUUCACUGCUGUCGCCUGCUGGAGGUCAAGAAAGUCGACUGGUGAAGUUGGUGUUACGUUAGCUUGUGCGAAGACGAAGUGCGCUCCACUGAAGGCCGUAACCAUUCCACUCUUGGAAUUGCAAGCAGCCGUCCUGGGUGUACGUUUACGGAAAUUGAUAUUGGAAAAUCACCAAAUACGCCCUGAAGGAUGCUUCUUAUGGAGCGACUCCAGAACUAUCUUGAAGUGGAUUGGAAGCGAACAUCGACGCUACAAACCGUAUAUGGCGCACCGCUUUGCAGAGAUUUUAGAUGGAAGUGAAGUUCGCGAAUGGCGAUGGGUGCCAACGAAAGACAAUGCAGCCGAUGAUGCAACAAGAAGCCAUGGGAGUAUUGAUUUCUCACUAAAAUCUCGCUGGCUACAGGGACUGAGUUUUCUAAGACGCGAUGAAGAGACAUGGCCUGCUGAAGAAGACAUCAGCGAGAUCUUUGUGGAAGCAGACGAAGAGCUCCAUUACAAUUGUUUCUCAAAUUUACUUAGAUUAAAAAGAGCAGUAGCGUGGGUGCUUCGAUUCAUAAACCGCUGCCGUAAACGGGAGCUAAAAUAUCUGGAAUAUGGACUUACUGCUGUUGAACUGGAAGCCGCGGAGCACCUAUUAUGCCUACGCGUUCAAUCGGAAUCAUUUACUUCAGAAUGCAACAGUAUCGAAAUUGGUAAAGCCAUUCCAAAUGACAGCGCAUUAAAGCAACUUUCGCCAUAUCUGGACGACAGGGGGCUACUUCGUGUACAGGGGCGCAUAGAUGCAGCUAGCUUCUUACCGUAA